AUGGAGAACACGGAAAGCACGGAGGAGGAGAAGCCCACUGUCAGCAAUGACAGCACAGACAAUGGUGCUGAAGUGCCCUCAGAGGAGCAGCAGAUGGACUUCAGUACAGAGAUCAUGAGUGUAACUGAGAUGGAGCAGUCGCCUGAUAGUUCCCCUGACCUGAAUGAAGAGAACACCCAAGAGAGUGAAAUUCCAAAUCUUGAGAGUUUACAGACGUCGGAUAUCGAGGCAGGCUUCCCUCCAGAUUUUGACAAGUUCUGGAAGGUGGUAGAGGACAAUCCCCAGGAUUUCACAGGAUGGGUGUAUCUGCUGCAGUACGUAGAGCAGGAGAACCACUUGCCAGCUGCCAGGAAGGCCUUCGACAGGUUUUUCACGCACUACCCAUACUGCUAUGGGUACUGGAAGAAAUACGCAGACCUGGAGAAGCGCCACGACAACGUGAAGCAGUCCGAUGAGGUUUAUCGCAGAGGGCUGCAGGCAAUUCCUCUUAGUGUCGAUCUUUGGAUACAUUAUAUAAACUUCUUAAAGGAGACCUUGGACCCUGCUGAUCCAGAAACUAACAGUACCAUUCGGGGAGCCUACGAGCACGCAGUGUUAGCUGCUGGGACAGACUUCCGUUCAGACAGACUCUGGGAAAUGUAUAUAAACUGGGAGGACGAGCAGGGGAACCUAAGGGAAGUUACAUCCAUCUAUGACCGCAUCCUUGGAAUUCCAACGCAGCUCUACAGCCAUCACUUCCAGAGGUUUAAGGAGCACAUCCAGAACAACUUGCCUCGUGACUUCCUGACCACGGAGCAGUUUGUGCAGCUGCGCCGGGAGCUGGCGUCCGUCAACGGCCACGGCGGGGAGGAGGCACAGCCGGGAGAGGACCUGCCCUGUGGGACAGAAGACAUCACUGACCCUGCCAAGCUAAUCACUGAGAUAGAGAACAUGAGGCACAGAAUCAUUGAGAUCCAUCAAGAGAUGUUUAACCACAACGAGCACGAAGUCAGUAAGAGGUGGACGUUUGAGGAAGCGAUCAAGAGGCCUUACUUUCACGUAAAACCUCUGGAGAAAAUUCAGCUGAAAAACUGGAAAGAGUACUUAGACUUUGAGAUAGAGAAUGGCACUCACGAGCGAGUUGUGGUCCUCUUUGAAAGAUGUGUCAUUUCAUGUGCCCUCUAUGAGGACUUCUGGAUUAAGUAUGCCAAAUACAUGGAGAAUCAUAGUAUUGAAGGAGUGAGGCACGUCUACAGCAGGGCUUGCACGAUACACCUUCCUAAGAAACCAAUGGUCCACAUGCUGUGGGCUGCCUUUGAGGAGCAGCAGGGCAACAUUGAUGAAGCAAGAAGGAUCUUGAAAAACUUUGAGGAGUGUAUUCUAGGGCUGGCAAUGAUUCGCUUGAGAAGAGUCAGCUUAGAGCGCAGACACGGCAACAUGGAAGAGGCGGAGCAGCUGCUCGAAGACGCCUUCAGGAACGCCAAGUCAGCCACUGAAGCCUCCUUCUAUGCCAUCAAAUUGGCUCGGCACCUCUUCAGAGUGCAGAAAAACCUCCCAAAGGCAAGAAAAGUGCUGUCAGAAGCCAUAGAAAUGGACAAAGAGAACACCAAGCUGUACCUCAACUUACUGGAAAUGGAGUACAGUGGAGACCUCACGCAGAACGAAGAGAACAUCUUGAGUUGCUUCGAUAAGGCCGUCCAUGGGGCGCUCUCCAUGAAAAUGAGGAUCACGUUUUCACAGCGAAAAGUGGAAUUUCUUGAAGAUUUUGGUUCAGAUGUAAACAAGCUUCUGGAUGCCUAUGAUGAACACCAGGCGCUUCUGAAGGAGCAGGAUUCUUUAAAAAGGAGAGCAGAGAAUGGGUCAGAGGAGCCGGAUGAAAAGAAAAUGCUGACAGAUGACCCAACUUUGGCAUCAGCACAGAUGAUGGAUGGUGACAUGCAGGUCAGCCAGGCAGCCUACAACUACAACGCCUGGUACCAGUACAACUACCAGAACGCGUGGAAUUACGGACAGUAUUACCACCCGACCUGAUGCACAGAGCCAGCGGAGUUCAUUGUGCUGCAGUUUCAACAAAGAUGGAUUAAAAAAAAAAAUCUAUUUUUCUAAACUAGGGCUGUGAAAGGACUGUUGUAAUACCUGCUUCUUGGUCUUCUGCAUGUGAAAGGAGCCGAUGUCCACAGGGUGCGUG